AUGGACUCUGUCGGGAUACUUGAUAACCCCGACGCGUUCGAAGCGGAGAUGACAAACGGGGACGGAAAAGUAGAAGAAGAAGAGGCCGUCGGGGAGGACAAGGGAGCCGAGGAGGGUUACUGUGUUGAAUGUGAAGACCAACCGGCGAGCGUGUAUUGUGAAACGUGUGCAGACGACUUUUGCGACGUUUGCUACGAGGCACAGCAUCGCAAGGGAACCAGGAAAUUACAUAAAUCCAGACCAUUGGAGUUGCCCAGCCUUUCCGCGGCUAAUGAUGGCAUUCCCGCACAGCCCGAUACCGAUGGAGAACCCAAGGACGCUGAUGCCGAUGAAUCCGUUGAGGAUGACGGCGCUGACGAACCUGUUGCGGAAUCAAGCAACACCCGAACCAUAUCAUCACUUGCCAAACGCGCCAAGUCCAUUCCAUUGCGUCUUACCCUACAAGAACGAAAACUCCUCCGGCUACUAGAGUCUGCCCUCCACGUAUCGGAAUACACAGACCGCGUCGAUAUCCUGUCCUACAACUCGUCGCGGACCAAACGAGCAGCCGCCCAGAUCAGAGAACUAUGCUCCAUCCUCUCAGGCUUAUGUCUAGCCGCAGACUACAAAGCCGGUCAAGAACUGUUCGAGGGUCGGGAUUUUGCAGCCAACGAAGCUUGGUUCGCACGCGUUUUCGAGAUUGGGCGGAGGCAUAAAAUUAUGAAUCCGGACAAGAUGCGCGAAACGUACGGAAAACUAAUUUACCUUCUUAUGGAUGCCCGAUCGCCCGACGUCUCCGAUCUACUAGGGUUCUCUCCCAUCUCUCCCCUCGUCACUGUCUACUCGACCUUGGAGGCCCACGACGCGCUGGCAGUACUUGAAGACCCAAGACUGGAAAUUGCGACGCGAGAAAUUAUCAGUCCUCCCGGAGCCAGUGGUCGAGUGCGGGCCGAGGUCCAGAGGAACAUCAAGGAAAAGGAACGAGCGGUCGAGGCACUCGUCAACGAAUAUGCAGCGGGCGAGUGCAUUUACUCCAUCUCUGAUAACUCGGCGUUCCUUCGUGUCAAUCGCGAUCCGUGCGAAAUUAUGAUCGGGUAUUUGAAGAAGUAUUUCCAUCCGACCAAGUGCACGCCUACAAAGACUCUCGAGGAUGCUGCCAAGGUCGAGCAACCUAGCUUGGCUAUCAAGAACGGGCGCAACGGUGCCCGCCUAAGCCAUGACCAUUCCAAACAGUACACCUAUGUAUUACAAAGUCUGACACUCUGGAGAGAAAUUCUUGGUGACAUGUUCCACCUAUGGACUCUGGCCGAAACCGAUCUUUUGUCUACUACGUCCAUGUACAGACUGAGAGAUACCGGGCAAGGUCUGAAUAGGGUUCAACAUGCACCCAAAACGAGCCGAGAAAUGCACGCGAUAUUAGGUCGGGCGCAAAGAGACUUGGGUAGCUGGGUCGGCAGCAGCGUGAUUCACAUGGGCGACCACAACGUCCCCAACGCACUGCUCUUUAUCGACAAGUACUCCAAGUCUACCGCAUCCUCUUGCCGAUCACAAACGUGCUAUCGCAUAUCGCCAAUGAUGCGCGAGUUCGGGAUUAUGCGGAGCGCGUUUGAUGGGUCCGGGGCCGACUCGUAUUUCGAUGCGGGGAGCUGCAUAGAUGGUCGCCUCACGAGCGGUAUGUUUGCUUGGCAUUUAUUGAAUGGUUACGCAUCCAAUAUGCUACACCUUCGCCAAUUGUCCGAGCAAUGCAAAGAUUACAUCACCCGCUCUCUUGUGUCCUCGCUCGAGCUGGAGAAUCGCCUUCGUACAGCUUCGUCAAGCGACUUGUCUCGCCCGUUGGACAUGAAAUUCCACAACGAAUGGCGACAUCCGGACUGUCCAGUCAACCAAUGGUACAUCCAGCAGACCUCCUCUUCCACCCAGACCCUUUCCAUCCAACAUUGGCGCAACAGAAAGACGCCGUAUCGCCACGAGUAUUUGUUAAUUCGGCUUGCGGACGGUUCAAUAUAUCGACUUGAACGACUGGGUCAAGGAUCACGUGCUGCCGCAAUUAGCCGCAAGGGAUGUGCUGCCCACGACAUCAUUCAGCGAUUUCCACCUCACGCCUACCGAAAUACGCUGUUGGCCACAGAUCCCUCGGAGCUUGUCGUUGAGCUGGAUGCCAGAAGCUUCGACCUACUUGAUCGCUUCAACUCCAAUUUCUUGUGUGCAACGGUUCUAAUCAUCUUGGCUCGUCGCGUGGCCAAGUGGGAAUCAAGGGUCACGGAAGACGAAUGGCUCUCGAUCGUUGACAAUACGAUUAACAGGCUACAAAGUACAACAGCCGACGCUCACGAGUUCUUUGGCCUCACCAUUUCCGCCAUGAUCAACUCUGACCAGCCCACGCCUAGAAAGUUUAUACUGGACUCCAUCAGGAGCGAACUCGAAGGUAGCGGCCAUCGAAGCUUGAACAUCGAGGUUACGAUUGUUCGUGCGCUGAAUAGCUCGGAUCCAUGCGCAAUCAGGUUUAAAGAGACCCUGCAGACAGAAGUAUACCAUGAUUCACCAGAAGACCUCAAACUAUCCGAGUUUCGGCGUUCAAUAGUCACCAAACAAUCUGAUACACUGCUCGACUCUCUACAAACUAGCACGGCCUCGGUAACAGCCUCCUAUACCAUGGAUACGAAUGAAAAUCCGGUCCCUUGGAUUGUUCAUAUACGCUCAUCUCUCCACACAUCCAGUUUCUUUUUCACAUCUCUCCGUCAUUUUGGAGAAUUUCGGAGGGAUCUAAUACCUGGAUGCAGUCUAAUUGCCAAGGGAAAAACUACAUGGCGCACUUUCCCCCACGUUAUAAAACUAUCCCAUAUUCACAAUAUUAAAAGCUCUAUGAAGGGAAUUCCUCAACAAAACGAGGUGACUUACCUCGACGAUGCUAUUCAUAAUGAUAUUACGGACUCGGUGAUAACCAAUACCUACACUCUGAUCCAGCAGCACGUAGCCGCAGAUGACUAUGCUCAUAGAGUUCUCAUUGUAGCCAAUGGCUGGCUCAACAAGAAGAUCUGGACCCGUUGUCUCUCGGUCUGCGUGUCCGGAAAAGUGGAGGAAGGUUUAAACAUGAUUUUCAUGCGGGCACGAUUGAACACGAUUGAGACUGCACAGCAGGGUCAAGCCGAAGUGCAACGGCUGACUCCGGUCUUGGAGUUCAUCAAGGAUAUUCUGCGCCAGAUCCAAGCUCAUGCGACAGAAAUUGAGGCUCUUGGGCUCGCGACGGCUACUCUCAUUCAGAAUGAUAUUGAAGAGACAAUGUCCGAGAUAUGGAGGUUCUUGCCUAACGAGUAUGGAUAUGAGCCGAUCGAGGAUCUGAGCAUUCCUGAUACCGAAGCUCCUCCGUAUGAACCGAUUUCUGGACGGGAAAUUACCGUAUAG